AUGACCAAAGACUGGAAAGAAGUCGCAGCCACGAAAAAGCAGCGCAUCACCGACUCUAUACCUAAGGAAUGGGUCAUCGACACAUCCUCUCUCGAUGCGAACGUCAUGAAGGUGCCAGAGACUUGCGGUCUCCUCAGCGAGUCAGAACUCGACAUCACAAACUCUUCCGCCACCGACCUGGUUGCCAGAUUGGCCGACGGCAGUCUCAAAGCCGUCGACGUGACGACUGCGUUUUGCAAACGCGCAGCCAUCUCGCAUCAAGUUACCAACUGCGCUCUGGAGUUUUUCCCGGAGAUGGCGUUGAAACAGGCCAAAGAACUGGAUGAGUACUAUGAGAAGAAUGGUCGCACAGUGGGGCCACUGCACGGACUGCCCAUCUCACUCAAGGAUCAAUUGCGCGUCAAGGGUUUGGAGACGACUAUGGGCUACGUUGCUUGGAUCGAUAAGUACGACACCGAAGACUCUGUGCUUACUGCCAUGCUGAGGAAAGCCGGUGCUAUAUUCUACAUCAAGACCUCCGUGCCGCAGAGCUUGAUGGUGUGCGAGACUAUCAACAACAUCACUGGCCGCAGUGUCAACCCUCGCAACAAAGAUUGGGCGCCUGGCGGUUCUUCGGGAGGAGAAGGUGCGAAUGUCGGUAUCAGGGGAGGCAUCAUUGGUGUUGGUACUGAUAUCGGAGGAUCUAUCCGCGUCCCCUCUGCAUUCAACUUCUUGUACGGACUUCGACCCAGUCAUGGGAGAUUGCCAUACGGCAAGAUGGCAAAUAGUAUGGAAGGACAGGAAACUGUCCACAGCGUGGUUGGCCCAAUCGCCCACUCGGUGUCGGAUAUGAGAUUGUUCGUCAAGUCAGUCCUGGAACAGCAGCCAUGGAAGUACGACUCGAAAGUCAUUCCCAUGCCAUGGCGGCAAUCCGAGCACGAUGCCGCAGUCAAAAAGAUAAAGUCCGAGAAGCUCACUCUCGGGUUCUUCAACUGUGACGGCGUAGUAAUGCCACAUCCUCCAAUCCUCCGCGGUAUCGACAAAGUGGUUUCGACGUUGCGAGAAAACGGGCACACCCUCACAGAUUGGAAACCCCACAGACACGACUACGCCGUCGACCUAAUCCAGAGUAUCUACGCUUCAGACGCAGGAAAGGACAUCCACACCGUCCUCUCCGCGUCUGGCGAACCCGCAAUCCCCAACAUCAACGAUCUGGUCGACCCUACAAAGUCCGCCGCAGACAUAACCACCCUCUGGGACGUGCAGCUGCAAAAGUGGAACUUUCAAAUGGAGUACUUGGAGAAGUGGAAUGAGAUGGAGGAAAAGCUGGGUAAAGAGAUGGAUGCAUUCAUUAUGCCCAUCACGCCUACUGCUGCCAUCAGACAUAAUCAGUUCAAGUACUAUGGUUACGCGAGUGCGAUCAAUUUGCUGGACUUUACGAGUGUGGUUGUGCCGGUCACUUUUGCGGACAAGGAGUUGGAUAAAGAGGUUCAGGGAUUCAAGCCGAUGAACGAUAUGGACAAACAGGUGCAGGCAGAGUAUGACGCAGAAGCAUACCACGGCGCUCCCGUCGCCAUACAGAUUGUAGGCCGCAAAUUGUCAGAGGAAAAGACGAUGGCUAUUGCUGAAGAAGUCGGAAGACUGCUUGGCAACGCAAUCACGCCAUGA